UCCCCAGUCUGCUUCAAGCGUUCGUGUCGGCUUGGUUACGUCGCUCAUGCUCGCGCGGGGUCUUUCCAUGCGUUCACGAUCAUACUUCGUUUAUGAUAAAACUUUCAACUAACCAGUUAAGUUUUUUCGACUCCUAGACGUCCAGAAGCCUUAGGUGGUGGUAAGUUAUGUCAUGUAGGGAGUGACAUGAGCUGUGAAGUUGAAUGUAGCUGUCAUGUGAUUGUGGAGCGUGUGCCGCUGUGAAGAGUUUGACCCAGUGUGGCUUGGGCUCCCAGGUGCAGUGCGUGUAGACUCCACCUCCCUUGGCUAAUUCCUCAGGGCAGUGUGCAAGGGACCUCCAAACAAGUAUUGUGUACACGAUGGUGAAUGUCGAGUGAGUUACCAAAUCUGUGGAUUCGUGAGAAUACUCUGUCCCUGCCGCGAGCCAAGAGAGCCAUGAGGCGAGUCGGAGAGUCUCCGGUGAGGGUGUUGGAGACCAACAUUGACCUCCCAUUGUCGGUGAACGGGGACUUGAAUAAGGGCCCCAAUGGGAACAAUCGCGGGGCCGUGCAUGAUCACCACCAUCACCACCACGACCAUGAAGCUGAAGCCGCUGCUCCCACCGACACAAUGCUUGCCCACCACCACCACGUCAAAUAUCCGCUGCCCAACGAUGACGACGACGACGACGAUAUCAAGGGCAAACCGGGCAAGCUACAGAAGAUGGCACACCGGCAUGGCCUGACAAAGAAGGGGCUGCUGCUCCUGUUGCUGGUUGGCUUUUUGUGCGUGGUGCAGCUUGUGGCUCUGCUGGUGAUGACUGUCCUCUGGCCCAAAGACCUCGAGCAACUCAAGACGGAGGUGUGCCUUACUCCGGACUGUCUGCGUGCUUCUGCUCAGCCAUGAUUACUGUUUGCUCGAGGCUGAUUACCGCCGCCCCCACCCGCACUCCGCAGCCCGCCACUGACUGGUCUCAGAUGAAGUGAACAUGACUCGCUGUGUGCUGUGUCUUUUGAGGCUGAACGCGUGCUUUUACACGGCAAGUGAGCAUUAAUUUUUAAAGUUGGGGUGUGCGAGCGGAUGUCAGUUCAGUCAGAGGAGGCUUGCAUGUGAUGAUAAAGAAAGGCCUUCCGUGUGGCAACAGUGGUGUUUAUAGAGUUGACGAGCAUACACAGCAGCGAAGCAGUGGUCUAGAACAACCAGGCAGGUCUCCGUGACAGACAGACCAACACUUCCCGGCUGUAUGAUGUUAUGUAAUAAGAUUCUCGAACGGAAUGGCAAAUGAUCAUGAAUAUUAUGCUUGACGUGCUCAAUAUUAUUUCUCCCAGCGCCGCCAUGUCUUGCAGCGUGUCGGCCCUCAGAGCACGGAUGGAUGUUAAUUUAAGAGUAAUGACUUGUGCCCCUGUACACAUGCCGAGAACUCAUUAGUCCAAGUAAACUUGUCGCAUAUGUCGGUACCUAAAUCAUCGUCAACAAGCCUGACAUGUUUGCAUUUCACAUUGACUGUCAGCGCUGAUCUUGUAAAGAGACCUGGCAGUCAGCUGCCGACACAUCUGCAAGAGCGAGUGACGCCAAGGUUCCCUUCGCUGAAGAGGCAGAAGGCGCUUCUCCCUUUGGUUGACUGGCGCAGCAUCAGCGAAGGGUCGUGAUGAAAGACAUCUGGGUAGGCCGGCAUGGAGCCGAGGUUACCGUUCUUGUAAUAAUUAUAUACAUGAUCUUGUGCCCCACUUAAUUAGCUUGCACGCAAUAAAAAAUCUCGUGAUAAAAAAGAAAAGACAAGAAAGCCGUCCUUGACAUUAUUUUUUGUUUUUGCUGUGAGUGGUACGGACGCAUUGUUACUGGUAUCGUGAGGAGAGUGGCGCAGCACGAGCCCAGAAUACAUUUCGGCGGCAGCAAAUACUGGCAGACUCACGCCGCGGCUGUCGGAAUAAUGAAUGGUAGAAUGGCUAGUCGAUUCCCGAGGGAGUUGAGGCAGGUGGGGACGAGUUUUUCACGCCAGACGGAGAAGUGGCUGGGCAGGAAGAGGCGGGAGGAGGAGGCUGAGGGGGGAUAGGUGAUGGGCUGCCGAUUGUAAAACCCCUCUGGGAAAAACUCAGAGAAAUGCAAAUAUUUAGGCUGAUUUAUGGAAGCAUUUUGAGAGUACGAACCAGAAUUGGCCGGCCUGAAAAUGCCGAUAGGAAGGGAGGGAAAGAAAUACCUGCCUACAUUAACAUGUCGAAGGAAACUGGUGAUGGUGAUAGUGGAGGUGGUGGAGUAAGUAGUGGUGGUGAUGGUGGCUGCGGGGGUGGUUGGGAGGGAGGAUGGUCGUGUGAGGAGUGUUGGCGGACGCGGCUCGCAGCAUGGCUUCAUCAAUCAGCUGUUCAGUAAGGCGUCACUCGGCCCGGAGCUGCAUCUGGGAGGAGCUUGUGGGUGACAGGACAGAGAGAGAGAGAGAGAGAGAGAGAGAGAGA